AUAGCCGAUCGGGCGCAAAGUUUCAGAGUAACAGAAAAAUCCAUGGAAUUUAUCUUCUAUUUUUCCGCGUGAGUUUCCGUGGAAAAAAACGCUAAUAUUCUGCUUGGAAUUCUGCGGAGUUAUCGGUUUGUUUUCGUGUGGAUUUCCUUGAAGAAAAAUCCACGGUAUUUUCUUGCAACAUAUCUGAGACCAUUCCCUGGAAAUUGAUUCAAAAUUUCCUUUAAAUAUUCCGAGUACAAUUUCCUUUCCAUUUCCGGCUAAGAAUCCAUGGAAUUGUACGCAAAUUUUCCUUUUAAUUUCUUUGAGGCCUCGAAAAAGUGAAUAGAGGCCUCGAAAAAGUCACCUUUUUCAGUUCCACGCGUGCAGUGAAAGUGAAAAGUAGUGCUCCCGCAAGGAAUUUACUGAUUUUUGGUAAGUGAGAUAUCAUUUUGAACCCCUUUACCUUGUGAAAUGUCUCGGCAAAGAGAAGCCAAAAACUUUCUUGAUAAAGAUGCAGCCCGCAAAAGGAGGACAAGACAAGUCCGCAAAGAUUUAUUGCGCGACUAUCCGGAAACAUUAAAUGCGCUCGAGAAAAGACUUUGUGCUGGACCACUUUCAGGGAUGGGUUUUUCGCGUCUAGAAAAUUCAUCUGAAUUGUAUGUGGGUUAUCGGGAGAAUUUAGAUACAGUCGGUGCAGUAGGAUUUUGUCACCCACACGUCCCAAACCAAAUAUCAGCACAAUCGUCCCAGUUUCAGCUGCCUGUGGUGCCUGUGAUACCCAAGAAUUUGGACUUUGAAAAUCCGUUUUACAUUUAAGGGAUUUUACAUUUUCUUUGAAGCCUUGAUAUUGCAAAAUUUGAUAGGCUUUUUUUAAGAUUGAACGAAAUAUUAUAUUUUAAAUUAAAAUAUUUUUUAAGAAUACGAAUCCGUUUUGCAAUACUGCGUUUAACGCUUUAAGGACGAGGGGGUAAAAAUUGGUGGGGUGGUCAAAACAAAACCACUUUCUAACUUUUAAGAGCGAAACAUAUCUUUAGAAGACCGUAGGAAAAAUUUCAUUUUUGGUUCACCGGUGACCCAAUCGUCUUUAAAGGGUUAAAUAUUUAUCUCAGGUUUGAAAAUACUAUACCUAUCAUUAAGAUCUUAAUUUGUACUUUUACGUGAGUUAUUAAAUUGAGCAAAUAGCUUCGCUUUUUCUAGAGUUUUUUUUUUCAUACCCCCACACAACAAAAAUGGCCGUUGAGAUGGUGGACCUCGAAAUGGCUUCCUCAUCAACACUACGUCCUGCGAGACCAAGUUUCCCAAUAUUUGAUAUGGCGGGCCUUCUAGAGGUCAACAAGUCAUGGCAGCACGAUUUGACGUCAAGGAAUAGACUGGAAUUUGAAUUGAAAUCCCUGAUAACGUCUAAAAAAUGGCUUACAAGGAUCUUCAAUGAUGAUUUCCUAGAUCACACCUUUUGUCUUCAGCCCAAUAAUGAGAAACUAAAUUUAAAAGAGCAGCCUGUCAUUCAGUGGUGUCUGGGUUCUAUCGGCGAUCAAGGGGCAUCAUCAUUGUCCCAUCAAUUCAAAUGUGUAAAAGACAACAAACGAAAGGAAAGGAAGAGACUGGAGAAGCUAAUCCAGCAACCCAUGUCGUAAUAGGUGGUUUGAUACUUCAUUGUGGAAACGGGAUCCAGAAGGACCGUUAAUACCUC